CUGUCCCCGCAGUUCUACGACGCCUCCGACACCUACGAGAACGUCCUCAAGAUGUUCAACAACGUCUUCACCUCCCUCUUCUCCCUCGAGUGUCUCCUCAAGAUCAUGGCCUUCGGGGUCCUGAAUUACUUCCGCGACGCCUGGAACAUCUUCGACUUCGUGACGGUGCUGGGCAGCAUCACCGACAUCCUGGUGACGGAAUUCGGGAACAACUUCAUCAACCUGAGCUUCCUGCGGCUGUUCCGCGCCGCGCGCCUCAUCAAGCUCCUGCGCCAGGGCUACACCAUCCGCAUCCUGCUCUGGACCUUCGUCCAGUCCUUCAAGGCCCUGCCCUACGUGUGCCUGCUGAUCGCCAUGCUCUUCUUCAUCUACGCCAUCAUCGGGAUGCAGGUGUUUGGGAACAUCGGCAUCGAGGAGGAGGACGAUGAGUCGGCCAUCACCCAGCACAACAACUUCCGCACCUUCUUCCAGGCGCUGAUGCUGCUCUUCAGGUGAGCCCGGCACCCGGGUGGCACCUGGGUGACACGUGGCUGGCACCUGGGCGGCACCUGGGCGGCCACUGCCACCCCUCUGUCACCUGGUGGAAUCCCAGUGCCACCUGGGUACUCAG